AGACGACCCUCGAUUCUCUCACGAGAAGAAAAGGAUUAUCACCAUGAGAGACAACAACAACAAUGACCAUCCUUACGACGAAGUUCCAUCGCCUAAAGCAGCAACCAAUUCUACUCACAAAGUUUCAAUGUUACCACUCGUUUUCCUCAUAUUCUACGAAGUCUCGGGAGGUCCAUUUGGUGCUGAAGGCAGUGUGAAUGCAGCAGGACCAUUGUUAGCACUUAUAGGCUUUAUCAUCUUCCCUUUCAUUUGGUGUGUCCCCGAGGCACUAAUCACUGCAGAGAUGAGCACAAUGUUCCCGAUAAACGGCGGUUUUGUGGUUUGGGUCUCCUCUGCUUUAGGACCCUUUUGGGGUUUCCAAGUUGGUUGGAUGAAAUGGCUUUGCGGGGUUAUCGACAACGCUCUCUAUCCCGUUCUCUUCCUCGACUAUCUGAAAUCCGCGGUCCCGGUUUUAUCCACCGGUUCGCCUAGAGCUGCAUCGAUCUUGAUCUUGACUCUUUUGCUUACUUACUUAAACUACAGAGGACUAACCAUUGUUGGUUGGACCGCUGUGUUUAUGGGAGUGUUUUCGAUGCUUCCUUUCGCUGUAAUGACUCUUGUUUCGAUCCCAAAGCUCGAGCCUUUAAGAUGGCUUGUCACAGAUUUAGGAGAUGUGAAUUGGAACUUGUACCUAAACACUCUGUUCUGGAACUUAAACUACUGGGACUCGGUUAGUACACUAGCCGGAGAAGUGGCGAACCCGAGCCAAACACUUCCAAAGGCAUUGUAUUACGGUGUGAUCUUCGUCGCUCUUUCCAACUUCCUACCUCUUUUGGCAGGAACCGGGGCUAUACCGUUAAACCGGGAGCUUUGGACCGACGGUUAUCUAGCUGAAGUCGCGGGAAUCAUCGGUGGAGGAGGAUGGUUGAGAUUGUGGGUUCAAGUGGCUGCAGCUACAUCGAACAUGGGAAUGUUUAUAGCUGAAAUGAGUAGCGAUUCUUUUCAGCUUCUUGGAAUGGCUGAGAUCGGUAUGAUUCCCGAGGUUUUCGCGAAACGUUCUCGUUACGGUACGCCAUUGUUAGGGAUUCUGUUUUCAGCUUCAGGGGUUUUGCUUUUGUCUGGAUUAAGUUUUCAAGAGAUUGUAGCUGCGGAGAAUCUGCUUUACUGUGGUGGAAUGGUUUUGGAGUUUAUAGCGUUUGUUAGGCUGAGGAUGAAAUAUCCGGCUGCGUCGAGACCGUAUAAGAUACCUGUUGGAAACUUUGGUUCGGUUCUGAUCUGUGUUCCUCCCAUUUUGUUGAUCUGUUCCGUGGUUGUGCUAUCGACUCUUAAAGUUGGUGCAGUGAGCUUUGUGAUGGUGAUCAUUGGUUUCUUGAUAAAACCUUGUUUGAAUCACAUGGAUCGAAAGAAAUGGGUCAGAUUCUCAGUCAGUUCUGAUCUGCCGGAGUUCGAAGAAUCUUUGAUACGUUAGGUCAAAGAAAUCUGUAUUUGUUGUUUUCUGUUUGUUUUUCUUCAGAUUCUUGUAAUGUUUUCGUUGUUGUUCGUAAAGCACGAGAAGAUACUGUAAACGUUGAAUCA